AUGAGCAACGCCCUCGCCGAGUACCUGUCCGCGCUGGACGCCCGUGACGCGCGCGAGCAGGCGCAUCGCGUCUACAUCAACGCCUACACCAAGCUCGCCGACCGCACCGCAGCACAGGCGCGACCGACGGCCGCAGCGCGCCCAGCCAGCGACUCGACCCGGACCACGCAGUCGGCCGCACCGCAAGACACGGCCGCCCCGCAAGCCGCGACCGCCCCGCAAGCCACGGCCGCCCAGCAAGACGCGACCGCCGCGACAGCACUCGGCCAGCUCCGCGCGGAGCUGGCCGCGACGCAGAAGACGCGCGCGGGCCUGGAGUCGCGGCUCGGCACGCUCGCGGCCAGCCUCGCGGCGCUGCAGGCGUCGGACGCGCAGCAGAAGCAGCGCAUCGCCCAGCUGGAGACGCACAGGGCGCAUCUCGAGCGGCGCGGCAAGGACAAGCAGGACGAGCUCAAGGGCAAGGGGCGGUUCGUCGAGGAGAUGCAGGACGAGAUGGUCGCGCUCCAUCUGCAGCUCAACAUGGCCGAGCAGGAGCGGGACACGCUGCGCAGGGACAACGAGGAGCUGACGCGCCGGUGGGUGAGCAAGAUGGAGGCCGAGGCGAGCCGGAUGAAUCAGGACAUGGGCUGGGAGGAGCAGCGGGGGUCGAAGAGGGGGUCGAAGAGCUAG